AUGCCGUCCCGGGGUGAGCGCCCAGCCGUGCGGGCACUGCGCUGCCACGGGGAGCGGGGGGCUGAGGGCGCGGGGCCGGGCACGGCCCAGACGCCCCGAAAUUCUCGGUGCCGUUUUUCUUGCCUGAGCAUACGCAGGUUUCCAGCCUGGCCUGGCGAUGCCUUUGGUUGUGAGGGGCAGGGUGCCAGGGUAUGGCUGCGGGAGCAGGACCAGCUGCAGCCAUGCACUGUUGGCUUGUGUGGCAAUGGAAAUGUUCUCUUCACCUCAGAUUAUGGCAUGGUGUUCCAGUACCCCAAGGCCUCCCUUUCCAGAGAAAAGGUCUUACCCAUGCACCAGACCAGCGUUGAUGGGGUAGAAGACAUGUCCAUGCUGGGAGAUCUGCAUGAAGCUGCCAUCCUGCUUAAUCUUCACCAGCGCUACCAACAGGGUAACAUCUAUACAAACAUUGGUUCCAUCUUGGCAUCAGUAAAUCCCUACAAACCCAUCCCUGGUCUGUACAGUGUGGAUGCCAUAGAGCUGUACAGACAGCACCGGCUGGGUGAGCUGCCUCCCCAUAUCUUCGCCACCGCUAACGAGUGCUACUGCUGCUUGUGGAAGCGUCAUGACAGCCAGUGUGUUCUGAUAAGUGGCGAAAGUGGAGCUGGAAAGACUGAGAGCACCAAGUUGCUCCUGAAAUUCCUGUCAGCCAUGAGCCAGACCUCCCUUGGGGCCCCUGUGUCUGAGAAGAGCACUCACGUGGAAGAAGCCAUUCUGGAAAGCAGCCCCAUUCUGGAAGCCUUUGGAAAUGCCAAGACAGUUUAUAACAACAACUCCAGUCGCUUUGGCAAGUUCAUCCAGCUGCACUUCUCUCAACAUGGACACAUCCAGGGAGGCCGAGUAACUGAUUAUUUACUGGAAAAGAACAGGGUGGUACAUCAGAACCCCGGGGAGCGGAAUUACCACAUCUUUUAUGCUCUUCUAGCUGGUGUGAGCGGGGAGGAGAAAGAGAGUCUUUCCCUCUGUGAGCCAGAGACUUACCACUACUUGAACCAGUCUGGCUGUGUGACUGAUGAGAACCUGAAUGAUGUAGAGAUGUUCAGUAAGGUCAUGACUGCCAUGAAGGUGGUGGACUUCAGCACUGAAGAAAUCAGAGACAUCUUCAAACUUCUUUCUGGCACACUCCAUUUGGGAAAUGUUGAAUUCAUGACAGCUGGUGGGGCCCAGAUAACAACAAAAGCAGUGCUGAAUGUUGCCAGUGACCUCCUGGGCUUAGACGCUUUUCAGCUUUCUGAAGUACUGACACAGAGGUCCAUGAUUCUGCGUGGGGAAGAGAUCAGCUCCCCUCUCACUGUGGAGCAGGCAGCUGACUCCAGGGAUUCCCUCUCUAUGGCACUCUAUUCCCAGUGUUUUUCAUGGCUCAUUAGCAAGAUUAAUACAAAGAUCAAAGGAAAGGAAAACUUUAAGUCUGUGGGCAUCCUGGAUAUCUUUGGCUUCGAGAACUUUCAGGUGAAUCGUUUUGAGCAGUUUAACAUUAACUAUGCAAAUGAGAAACUCCAGGAAUAUUUCAACAAACACAUCUUCUCCUUGGAGCAGCUGGAGUACAACAGGGAAGGGAUAAACUGGGAGGCCAUUGACUGGAUGGAUAAUGCAGAGUGCCUGGACCUUAUUGAGAAGAAACUAGGUCUACUGGCUUUGGUGAAUGAAGAGAGUCGAUUCCCCAAAGGCACAGACAACACCCUUCUGGAAAAACUUCACAGCCAGCAUAUGAGCAACCCCUACUAUGUGAAGCCUCGGGUGACAGACCAUCAGUUUGGAAUAAGACAUUAUGCAGGGGAGGUGCUGUAUGAUGUGAGAGGCUUUCUGGAGAAGAACAGAGACACCUUUCGUGAUGACAUUUUAAACAUGCUGAAAGACAGCAGGCUGGACUUCAUCUAUGACCUUUUUGAAAAAGUCUGCAGUCGUUGCAGUGAAGAGACACUGAAGAUGGGCACCCAGAGGCGCAGACCGACUGUCAGUUCCCAGUUCAGGGAUUCUCUCCAUUCCCUGAUGGCCACACUUAGUACUUCCAACCCAUUUUUCAUCCGCUGCAUCAAACCAAAUACAGAAAAGGCGCCGAACCUGUUUAAUCCAGCUGUGGUGCUAAAUCAGCUCCGGUACUCGGGGAUGCUGGAGACGGUGAAAGUUCGAAGAGCAGGUUUCCCUGUACGGCGCCUUUUCCAGGACUUUCUCAGCAGGUACAAGAUGCUUGUGAAGGAGCCAGGCCUGUCAGACAACAGCAAAGCUGUAUGUGCAGGUUUUCUUCAGACCUAUGACAGCAGCAAGAAAGAGUGGCAGCUGGGUAAAACCAAGGUUUUCCUGAAGGAAGCUCUUGAGCAGAAGCUGGAGAAGGAUCGGGAAGAGGAGUUGAGGAAAGCAGCUAUAGUCAUCCGGGCCCACGUCUUGGGCUACAUGGCAAGGAAGAAGUAUCAGAAGGUGCUAUCCAGUGUUGUUAUAAUCCAAAAGAACUACCGAGCAUACUUCUGGAAGAAGAGCCUGCUGCGCCUGAAGGCCUCUGCGGUGACCCUGCAGAAGCACUGGCGUGGCCGCCUGGCUCGCAGCCUCUACCAGCACUUGCUGCAGCAGGAACUCCGGCGGAAGCAGGAAGCGGAGGAGAGAAGGAGGCAGGAGGAGGAAGAGCAGAUCAGAAGAGAGGAAGAGGAAAGACAAUGGCAAGAAGAGGAGGAGCGUAGGAGGAAACAGGAAGAGGAAGAGGUGAAGGAAAGAGAAAAGGAGCAACUGAAUGUGCUACUGCAGGUGGCCCAGGUGGACACAGUAAACACUGAGGAGGUGGAUAUUCCCCUGCAAGAAGAAGAGAGACGUCAGAUGGAGGAGAUCUUAAGACUGGAGAAGGAGAUUGAAAAGUUGCAGCAACAGAAAGAGGAUCACAUGUCUGUCAUCUCUGAAGACACUAGGAAUGAAAUCUAUCGUCAGCGAGAAGAAGAGAUACAGCGGUUGGAAAAAGAGGCAUCAAGGGUUGCCCAGGAGUUCUUGGAGCUGCUGGAUUUUGGCAAUCUGGAUGAAAGUGUGCAGAACUUAGAGCACUCACUUUCUAGUGAGGGGACGCUCAACAUUGACUGCAGCCUGGUGGCACCGCUGGCUGAAGAAGAGGUGGAUGAGGGUUUUCAUGCCGAUGAUGAAGGACGGCCAACUUCCAGUUUGGUGGUCUCAGAUCAGCGUGGCACAAGAAACAGUGGUAACUACUCAAAGGAAGUUGCAAACACAAGCCUUCUGCAUCUCCAGAGGGAAGUGGGAGAGGUUGCCUCUGCUCCAGGACUGCCUGUGGAAAGAACCACUAGCCCCAAGGAGCAGAGAGCCCUAUCUGACCCAGCAGAAAGCGUUUACAGCACUGUCUCUGAUACUCAGAGGAGUAACAGUGGAGAGGCAGGAGAGCCCAUUUACACCUCUCCCCAAGAUGUGGAGUCUGACUAUGACCAUGAGGAGUUUGAUGGCUAUGGAGAUGCAGGUAAUGCCUCAGCUGAGCCUCUGAAUGAUGAGGAGGGUCUGAGACACUCCCAUGGUACCAGCCUGGACUCCAACCGUGGUAGCCUGGACUCGUUUCUGGAGAGUGAAGAAGAAGUGGAUGUUUACAUUGAUACAGAUGAGGAGUUUUGUAAUGGACGAGUCACAAUCUUCAAUGGCUCAGGGCCACCCUAUUUUCACAGUUACCUCUACAUGAAAGGAGGACUCAUGAACCCGUGGCGGCGGCGCUGGUGUGUCCUGAAGAACGAGGCCUUCAUGUGGUUCCGCACCAAGCAGGAGGCCCUGAAGUCGGGCUGGCUCUACAAAAAGGGCGGAGGAAUGUCGACGCUUUCGCGCCGCAACUGGAAACGCCGCUGGUUCGUGCUUCGAGAGUCCAAGCUGAUGUACUUUGAGAAUGAUAGUGAGGAAAAGCUGAAGGGGACUAUUGAUAUCAGAAGGGCAAAAGAGAUUGUGGAUAUCCAUGAAAAGGAGAAUGCCUUGGACAUUGUGACAGAAGACCGAGUUUACCACAUCGUUGCAGAGUCACCAGAAGAUGCCAGUGGUUGGUUUAAUGUCCUGAGCCGAGUUCACAGCGCUACAGCACAGCAGCUGAGGGAAAUGCAGGAUGAACAGGCCAAUCCAAAGAAUGCUGUGGGAACCCUGGAUGUUGGGCUUAUUGACUCUGUCUGUGCCUCAGAUAAUCCUGAUAGACCUAAUUCUUUUGUGAUCAUCACAGCCAAUCGUGUGAUUCACUGCAACAGUGACACUCCUGAGGAAAUGCAUCACUGGAUCUCCCUGCUGCAGAAACCCAAAGGCGAAUCCAAGGUCGAUGGCCAGGAAUUCCUUGUGAGAGGCUGGCUUCAUAAGGAGGUUCAGAGCAGCAACAAGAUGUCCUCUCUGAAGAUGAAGAAGCGCUGGUUUGUUCUGACAAACACUGCCCUCGACUACUACAAGUCAUCAGAGCGCACAGCUGCCAAGCUCGGCACGCUCGUGCUCAACAGCCUCUGCUCCGUAGUGCAGCCCGAUGAGAGGGUCUUCAAAGACACAGGCUACUGGAACAUCAUAGUCCAUGGGCGGAAGCACUCCUACAGACUGUACACAAAGCUGCUGAACGAAGCCAUGCGCUGGGCCUCUGCCAUUCAGGGUGUCAUUGACACCAAAGUUCCCAUAGAAACACCUACACAGCAACUCAUCCGUGACAUCAGGGAAAACAGCACAAACUUUGAAGUAGUGGAACAGACAUAUAGGAGGAACCCAAUCUUGCGAUACACCCAGCACCCCUUGCAUUCCCCACUGCUCCCACUUCCCUAUGGAGAUGUCAGUGUCAACUUGCAACAAGAGAAGGGUUACAGCAGCUUACAGGAUGAAGCAGUGAAGAUCUUUAACUCCCUUCAGGAAAUCGAGACAGUGUCUGACCCCAUACCCAUUAUCCAAGGCAUCCUGCAGACCUGCCAUGAUUUAAAGCCCCUCCGUGAUGAAGUGUACUGCCAGCUCAUCAAGCAAACCAACCACAUGCCACAUCCCAACAGUACUGGGAACCUGCACCACUGGCAGCUGAUGACCUGUAUGAGCUGCACUUUCCUGCCCAGCAGAGGGAUCCUGCGCUACCUCAAGUUCCACCUCCGAAGGGUAAAGGAUCUCUUUCCAGACUCAGAAAUAGACAGGUAUGCACAGUUCAUCAGUGAUUCCCUGAAGAGAACAAAGACAAGGGAGUUUGUGCCCUCCCAGGAGGAAAUACAGGCUCUUCUCACCCGUGAGGAAAUGACCACAACAGUGUAUUGCCAUGGUGGUGGCUCCUGCAAAAUAACCAUCAACUCCCACACCAGCGCUGGGGAGGUGGUUGAAAAGCUGAUCCGAGGGUUGGCAAUGGAGGACAGCCGGAAUAUGUUUGCACUCUUCGAACAUAAUCAACAGGUUGACCGUGCUGUGGAGAGUCGGGUGAUAGUGGCUGAUAUCUUGGCCAAGUUUGAGAGACUUGCUGGCUCUGAAGAAGAAGAGGAGGAAGGACAGUGGCAACUGUAUUUUAAGCUUUAUUGCUUCUUGGAUAUUGAGAAUGUUCCCAAAGAUGGUGUGGAAUUUGCCUUCAUGUUUGAACAGGCUCACGAAAGCCUCAUAGCUGGUCAUUUUCCUGGGCCAGAGGACACUCUGCAGCGUCUGGCAGCUCUGCGGCUGCAGUAUCUUCAUGGAGAUUAUUCCAAAAUAAGCUGGACCCUUGAUGGAAUCUACCCAGUUAACAGGCUGAAAUCCAAAAUACUGCACUCAACAAAGAGCAGCAGCAGUACCAGUCACACUCUGGAGAGGAGACGGACCAGCUUCCUUGAAGGGACAUUGAAGCGCAGCUUCAAGACAGGGUCUGUAAAGAAGCAGAAGGUAGAAGAGGAGCAGAUGAUGGAGAUGUGGGUUAAAGAAGAGCUUUCAGCUGCUCGGGCAAGCAUAGCACAGAAAUGGACCAAGCUGCAGGGGCUCUCUCAGCAUCAGGCCAUGAUGAAAUACAUGUCCAUUGUAAAAGAGUGGCCAGGUUAUGGGUCAACCCUCUUUGAUGUUGAGUGCAAGGAGGGUGGAUUCCCCAAUGAUCUCUGGCUUGGCGUCAGCACAGAGAACGUGUCUGUCUACAAACGAGGGGAUCCUAAACCAUUAGAAACUUUCCAGUAUGAGCACAUUGUUUUCUUUGGAGCACCACAGCCCAACACCUUCAAAAUUACAGUGGAUGAGAGAGAAAUGUUCUUUGAAACCUCCCAGGUGGGCGAGAUAAUAAAGAUCAUGAAAGCAUACAUCAACAUGAUCGUGAAGAAACGCUGCAGUGUCAAAUCAGCCACCAGUGUGGACAGUCAUGCAAGCAUCUGGACUAGGUGAUACGGAUGAACUGGCACUAGUUUAGUCAUGGGUAUUUGCAACUUGCCAGCACAAGUGUAGCAAAGACGUUUCUUAAGAAUUCAACUGACUACUGUAUUUAAAACCUGAAGUGACAACUACAGUACCAUAGGAUUUGCACCUCUGCCCAAAGACAUUAAACAGUUACAACUGUUGUUUAAUACUAAUGACCCAAAACUUCUUUUCCCCUUGCUUGUUUAAUGAACAAUGUACCUUAAAGAAGCAAAGUCAGAAGCA